AUGCCAGAACCCCUCGUGCCAAUGUGCGGCACGUCCGCGGAGAAGUUCUUGGGCAAGCAGGUGUACAAGAACAACAAAAUAGCCCAGAACAUGUUCUCCAGCGCCACUCGCAAGGACAAGAAGGUCAUGCUGCCCCAGACACUGCUGAAGGGCCUCACCAUCCAGAAGCUGUGGGACAACGUGUUUCAGGACAACACCGGGUUUUUAAAAAAGUACCACGACACGCGCAAUGAGUCGAAGUUAAGUGUCGGCCAGUGGGACUACGCAGCCGACCGCGGCAGCGGCUCGCGCUUCGUGUCGCUUGUCGCCAUCGUCGAGGUGCCGCGCGCCGGCACGCCGACCCCUCUGAACCAGGCGCACCGCUUUGCCUACGUCACCACGCCAGAGGGAAAGCUAAUGCUCGUGUACCAGAUAUCUUCUCAAACCCCUGAAGUGCCGGCAGGCGGCUCCUUCCGCACCGAGGCGUACUUUGAGAUCACCGCUGAUAGCGCCGACAGCGACUGCUCCAUCGCUAUUUGGGGGAACUGCCGCAAGAUGAGCAUGUCCUUCUCCGCCAUCCAGUACAUCGCCACACCGCGUGCCAUUAAAGAAAUGACGUUGGCGUAUCGACAAUUGGUAAACAUGGUUAGUGAGGAAUUUUGCGGAGGCGCAGCCGCGCCGGCCGACGACGGCGGUGUCGUGUCCGAAGGCGACGCCGGCGACAGCGGUGCCAGCAGUGGUGAUGGCGGCGGCCUUGGCUCUGUCUUCCAUGGGGCAUUGCUAGUGCUGGCGGUGCUUGUCACACUACUUGUCUUCAAUAGCACUCGCACCAUGGCGCGCACUUCUCAUCUGGCCAUGGCGAUGCUGAACCUGGACCGCUCAUUCUGGGAAAGCUCCCGCGUCGGCGGCCGCGGCCCCACUGCCGAGAAUACGAGCGGCUGGAUGUGCGAAGAAAAGGCGCUGUUGAUUGCCGCGAGGGAGGCGCAGCUUCAAACGAUGCGAUAUCGCUGGAUGGAGCAACAGGCGGAGAUCGACCACCUGCAGCACACCGUCUCGCUUCUGAAGUGGAUGGCCUACGUGCAGAUGGCUGCCGUGGCUGUGGCGCUGGGCGGGUUCGGCUACUUGCUGAAGCGCCAUUUGGACUCGACCCCAGAGUCGUCCUGA